AUGCGGCCGAGUGGCGGCGGUUGCCAGGGCGACGGGAGUUUCUCCGAGGCGCUGGUCCUGGCGCCUGGAGACAUAGACCUGCAUUUGCUGCGGCGGGCCUAGGCGGUGGCCGUCAUCCUCCUGAGGUUCCCAGGAUGUUCUUCUACCUGAGCAAGAAAAUUGCCAUUCCUAACAACGUCAAGUUGAAGUGUAUAUCCUGGAACAAGGAUCAAGGAUUCAUAGCCUGCGGGGGUGAAGAUGGAUUAGUCAAAGUUUUGAAAUUGGAGACACAGACGGAUGAUGCAAAACUGAAGGGUCUUGCAGCCCCUAGCAGCCUUUCCAUGAAUCAGACUCUUGAAGGUCACAGCGGUUGUGUUCAAGUUGUCACAUGGAAUGAGCAGUAUCAGAAAUUGACUACUAGUGAUCAAAAUGGGCUUAUCAUUGUGUGGAUGUUAUAUAAAGGCUCCUGGUACGAGGAGAUGAUCAACAAUCGAAACAAAUCAGUGGUUCGAAGUAUGAGCUGGAAUGCUGACGGGCAGAAGAUCUGCAUCGUCUACGAGGACGGGGCCGUGAUAGUCGGCUCGGUGGACGGGAAUCGUAUUUGGGGCAAAGAUCUGAAGGGCAUACAGCUGUGCCAUGUUGCGUGGUCUACGGAUAGCAAAGUCUUGCUUUUUGGGAUGGCAAAUGGGGAAAUACAUGUUUAUGAUAAUCAAGGCAAUUUUAUAGUGAAAAUGAAGCUGAAUUGUUUGGUAAAUGUUACUGGAGCGAUCAGUAUUGCUGGAAUUCAUUGGUACCAUGGAACAGAAGGAUAUGUGGAGCCCGGUUGCCCUUGCCUCGCUAUUUGUUUUGACAAUGGAAGGUGCCAGAUAAUGCGACAUCAGAAUGACCCAAACCCUGUUUUGAUUGAUGCUGGCAUGUAUGUGGUAAGCAUCCAGUGGAACCAUAUUGGCAGUGUGCUGGCUGUGGCGGGCACCCAGAAGGCAGUCACCCAAGAUAAAGAUGUAAACAUCGUGCAGUUCUACACACCCUUUGGAGAGCAUCUGGGUACUUUGAAAGUUCCUGGAAAGCAGAUGUCUGCUCUGUCUUGGGAAGGAGGUGGACUGAAAAUCGCACUUGCUGUUGACUCCUACAUAUACUUUGCAAAUAUUCGACCUGAUUAUAAGUGGGGAUAUUGUUCAAACACUGUAGUUUAUGCAUACACCAGGCCUGACCGACCGGAGUACUGUGUUGUCUUUUGGGAUACGAAAAACAAUGAGAAAUAUGUUAAAUACGUGAAGAGUCUGAUUUCUAUUACCACCUGCGGUGAUUUCUGUGUUUUGGCUAAGAAAGCAGAUGAAAACCAUCCCCAGUAUGUGCUUGUCCUUUGUAAUUCCAUUGGCACACCCUUGGAUCCCAAAUACAUUGAUAUUGUACCGUUAUUUGUUACAAUGACGAAAACGCAUGUGAUAGCAGCUUCAAAGGAGGCGUUUUACACCUGGCAGUACCGUGUGGCCAAGAAGCUCACAGUGCUGGAGAUCAGCCAGAUCGCACGGCCCCGCAAGGAAGGCAGAGAAAGAAUUUAUCAUGUUGAUGAUACUCCUUCUGGAUCCAUGGAUGGGGUUCUGGAUUACAGUAAAGCCCUUCAGGGCACAAGGGAUCCAAUAUGUGCCAUUACUGCAUCUGAUAGGACAUUGAUUGUGGGCCGUGAAUCUGGUACCAUUCAGAGAUACAGUCUUCCUAAUGUUGGUUUGAUUCAAAAAUAUUCCCUUAACUGUCGAGCCUAUCAACUAUCCUUGAAUUGCAGCUCUAGUCGUCUUGCCAUCAUCGACAUCUCAGGAGUUCUAACCUUCUUUGACUUGGAUGCCCAAGUGACGGACAGCACAGGACAGCAAGUCAUUGGCGAGCUGUUAAAACUGGAGCGAAAAGAUGUGUGGGACAUGAAGUGGGCCAAGGACAACCCUGAUCUGUUUGCCAUGAUGGAGAAGACAAGAAUGUAUGUGUUCAGGAACUUGGAUCCCGAGGAACCCAUCCAAACCUCUGGAUAUAUCUGUAACUUUGAGGAUUUGGAAAUCAAGCUUGUUCUUUUGGAUGAGAUAUUGAAGAAUGCAGACCUUCCAAGCAAGGAUUACAUCAUUAAUUUUGAGAUCCGGUCCCUGCGAGAUAGUCGAGCGUUGAUUGAGAAGGUUGGAAUCGAAGAUGCGUCUCAGUUCAUAGAGGACAACCCACAUCCCCGACUUUGGCGCCUGCUCGCUGAAGCAGCGCUCCAGAAACUGGACUUGCACACGGCAGAGCAGGCGUUUGUGCGCUGCAAAGACUACCAAGGCAUCAAGUUCGUGAAGCGCCUGGGCAACCUGCAGACUGAGUCGAUGAAGCAGGCUGAAGUCGUGGCCUACUUUGGCAGGUUUGAAGAGGCCGAGAGGAUGUACCUUGAGAUGGACAGGAGAGAUCUCGCUAUCAGUCUCCGGCUGAAACUGGGGGACUGGUUCAGAGUACUCCAGCUCCUGAAGACGGGCUCCGGUGACGCUGAUGACAGUCUGCUUGAACAAGCCCACAACGCCAUCGGAGACUACUUUGCGGAUCGACAGAAGUGGUUGAAUGCUGUGCAGUAUUAUGUGCAAGGCCGGAACGAGGAGCGGUUAGCUGAAUGUUACUACAUGUUAGAAGACUAUGAAGGGCUGGAGAAUCUUGCCAGUUCACUUCCGGAGAACCACAAGCUGCUUCCAGAAAUAGCGCAAAUGUUUGUCAGAGUUGGAAUGUGUGAACAAGCGGUGACUGCGUUUUUGAAAUGUAAUCAACCCAAAGCAGCGGUAGACAGCUGUGUGCACCUCAACCAAUGGAACAAAGCUGUUGAAUUGGCUAAAAGUCAUAGUAUUAAGGAAAUCGGGUCCCUGUUAGCGAGGUACGCAUCUCAUUUACUGGAGAAGAAUAAAACUCUUGAUGCCAUAGAACUCUAUCGGAAAGCCAAUUACUUUUUUGAUGCUGCCAAACUGAUGUUUAAGAUUGCAGACGAGGAGGCCAAGAAAAGAACUAAACCUCUGCGUGUCAAGAAGCUCUACGUUCUGGCAGCUCUGCUUAUAGAGCAAUACCACGAGCAAAUAAAAAACGCUCAGCGAGGAAAAGUGAAAGGAAAGAAUUCUGAGGCCACCUCUGCUUUGGCUGGUUUGCUGGAGGAGGAGGUUCUGUCUCCAGCUAAUCGUCUCACAGACAACGCGUGGCGAGGGGCCGAGGCGUACCACUUCUUCAUACUGGCCCAGAGACAGCUCUACGAGGGCUAUGUCGAUACUGCACUCAAGACAGCUCUUCACCUGCGAGACUAUGAAGACAUCAUCCCUGCGGUGGAGGUCUACUCUCUGCUGGCCCUCUGUGCCUGUGCCAGCGGAGCCUUUGGUACUUGUUCAAAAGCUUUUAUUAAGCUGGAGUCUCUAGAGACGCUCAGUCCAGAGCAGAAGCAGCAAUAUGAAGAUCUGGCUCUAGAAAUCUUCACCAAACACGCUCCAAAAGAUAGCAGAAAAUCGGAACUGGACAGCCUUCUUGAAGGCGGAGAGGGAAAGCUACCCACGUGCGUUGCCACAGGAAGCCCCAUCACCGAAUAUCAGUUCUGGAUGUGCAGUGUGUGCAAGCACUGCGUUCUUGCUCAGGAAAUAAGUAACUACAACUUCUGUCCCCUGUGCCACAGUUCAGUGGGCUAAGGAGUCAUGGACUGUGUAUGUAACUGUAAAUAUAUGCGCGUGUGUAAGAAUGUGCUAAGGCUGAUUUCCACAAAUCCUAUAUUUUAUGAUUAUAUUUUUGCACAAAAUAUAUGGUAGUACAAUACAAUAUAACUACAUACAGAAUUAUAACUAUGACAUAAUUCUGAUUUUUAUAUAAAUUGUAUGGGAAUCAAUAUUA